UGCCUCUCUCAAACUCCCACAUACUGAUUUAACUAGUUCCAAAAAAAAUAAAAAUGAUAACAUCAUCGGAUUUCUACCACGUGAUGACGGCGGUUGUGCCGCUGUACGUGGCGAUGAUCCUCGCCUACGGCUCGGUGAAGUGGUGGCGGAUCUUCACUCCCGACCAGUGCUCCGGCAUCAACCGUUUCGUCGCCCUCUUCGCCGUCCCCCUCCUCUCCUUCCACUUCAUCGCCUCCAACGACCCCUACGCCAUGAACUUCCGCUUCAUCGCCGCCGACACCCUCCAGAAGCUCGCCGUCCUCGCCGCCCUCGCCCUCUGGUCCCGCCUCUCCUCCUCCGGCGGCGGCCUCGACUGGACCAUCACCCUCUUCUCCCUCUCCACCCUCCCCAACACCCUCGUCAUGGGCAUCCCCCUCUUGAAAGGCAUGUACGGCGACUUCUCCGGCAGCCUCAUGGUCCAAAUCGUCGUCCUCCAGUGCAUCAUCUGGUACACCCUCAUGCUCUUCCUCUUCGAGUUCCGCGCCGCCCGCCUCCUCAUCUCCGACCAGUUCCCCGCCGCCGCCGCCGCCUCCAUCGUCUCCAUCCGCGUCGACUCCGACGUCGUCUCCCUCGACGGCCGCCACCCCCUCGAGACCCAGGCCGAGGUCGCCGCCGACGGCCGCCUCCGCGUCACCGUCCGCCGCUCCAGCGCCUCCCGCUCCGACGUCUUCUCGCGCCGCUCCGCCGCGGCGCCGCCGGACGCGCCGCCGCGCGCGUCCGGCCUCACCAACGCCGAGAUCUACUCGCUCCAGUCGUCGAGGGGCCCCACCCCCCGCGGCUCGAGCUUCAACCACGCCGACUUCUACUCCAUGAUGGGCGGCAGGGCCUCCAACUUCGGGCCGGCCGACGGGUCCAGAGGGCCCACUCCACGGCCCUCCAACUUCGAAGACGAGAGGCCGCGGCCCAACUUUCCGGCGACCGCCGCCGGGAACAAAGAUCUCCACAUGUUUGUUUGGAGCUCCAGCGCGUCCCCUGUCUCUGACGUGUUUGGUGGAGGCCGUGAUUAUAAUAAUAAUAUUAAUAAUAAUAAUAAUAAUCUCAAUAUGGUUGGUGGUAAAGAGCCUAGAGUUCCUCUUUCUCCCACCAAAGUGGAGAGACAGAGGGAGAAUCAAGAAGGGUACUUGGAGAGAGAUGAAUUCAGUUUUACAAACAGAGGUGGCGGUGAAGGGGAUAAUGAAGGCGGAGAAAAAAUGGAUGAAAACAAAGCAAAGGUUAUGCCUCCGGCGAGUGUGAUGACGAGGCUUAUUCUAAUCAUGGUUUGGAGGAAGUUAAUUAGAAAUCCAAAUACUUAUUCCAGCUUGAUUGGGCUAACAUGGUCUCUAGUUUCAUUCAGAUGGCACGUUGAGAUGCCUGCAAUAAUAGCAAAGUCCAUAUCUAUACUGUCAGAUGCAGGCCUUGGCAUGGCCAUGUUCAGUCUUGGUUUGUUCAUGGCUUUGCAACCGAGGAUAAUAGCAUGUGGGAAUUCUGUGGCAGCUUUUGCAAUGGCUGUGAGAUUCCUUACAGGGCCAGCUGUCAUGGCUGCUGCUUCCAUUGCUGUUGGCCUUCGUGGUGUUCUCUUGCGCGUUGCAAUUGUUCAGGCGGCUCUACCUCAAGGAAUUGUACCCUUUGUUUUCGCCAAGGAGUACAAUGUGUACCCUGAUAUCCUCAGCACGGCAGUCAUUUUUGGAAUGCUAAUAGCAUUACCAAUAACACUCGUCUACUACAUCUUGUUGGGGCUGUGAACUCAGAGUCGAUAAUUUCAUCUGGAGUUCAUAAUUAAGUUCGAAAAAAGUUCAUUUGGAGUUCAUAUGUUCGGUUAUGGGGCCAAAGCAAGAGAUGAAAGUACUUGGUUGUCUAGAUGUAUUCGUGUUUUGUAGUAGUAGAUGUGAAAUCAUGUUUGUAGUUGAUUUUUCAUGGGGGCUAGAAGGAACAUUAAAAAAAAAAAAAAGUGAUCUAGUUGUUUUAUGAUAUUCUCUUGUUUUUGUCUUGAGAAUCAAUGCUUACACCAAGGAUAGGGGUUCAAAAAAGUGGUAAAAUAUGCUUUUGUUGUUUCUCUUUCAUUUUGUUCAAAAUGUCCUAACCUUGCAGUUAAGAAACUUUAGCUUUUGAACAUGGAAUAUUCUGAUUCAUAAUUCUUGUACAAUGAAG